CACGGUUCCCCGUCUCUACCGUAUUUCCAGAUAUCACAUUAUCGCAAUUUCUUAAUGUAUCGGCGUCAGUUCCAACCAUUCGAUUCUGUGUCCUACAUCUGGAAGACUCUUAAGCUUCCGGAAGAAGCACUCAACUCACUCCAGUUGAUUAAUGAUGCGGAAUGCCUCCCAUCCUUCUUCAAGGUAGACCACAUCGCGCAAGCCUUCAUCGCUCUCUCCGCUCUUUCGGCCGCCUUGUUUCACUCAAUUCGUCACCAAACAGCAGUUCCGAAGGUCACUGUUCCACGCGAGCACGCUUGCGUAGAGUUCAAAUCCGAGCGACUAUACGUCUUAAACGGAACACCAGCACCGUCGUCUUGGGGCACUAUCGGCGGGCUUCAUCGGACUGCAGACGGUUACGUGAGGAUGCAUGAUUCCUUUCCGAACCAUCGAGCAAAUGCUUUGAUGAUUCUGGGCUUGGAGGAAGGCGCAUCAAGAGAAGACGUAGCGAGGAAGAUGCUAGAAUGGCGGUCUAUCGAUCUGGAGACCGCGGCCUUCCGAAACGGAGCUGUAAUUGCCAUGCUACGGUCGUUCGAGGAGUGGGAUGCACUACCCCAGGCGAAAGCGAUUGCAGACUUUCCAAUACUACUACGGAAGAUUGCAGACUCAAGAGAGUAUGUACCUUCAAUUCCACCGACCGUGACCGACGAUAAAUGCCUACGCGGCAUCCGCGUCGUCGAAAUGAGCCGUGUUCUUGCUGCUCCAGUUGCGGGAAGGACGUUGGCUGCCCAUGGAGCAGAAGUUCUUUGGAUCACUUCGCCGACGCUUCCUGAUCUUCCAGAUUUGGAUCGAGAUACUGCUAGAGGAAAGCGCACCGUGCAGCUCGAUAUCAAGCAGCCAGCCGACAAGGCUAAACUUCUUGAUCUCUUACGCUCAGCAGAUGUCUUCAUCCAAAGCUACCGGCCGGGCAGUCUGGCUGCACAAGGACUGUCACCAGAGGAGCUGACGAAGGCAAAUCCACACCUAGUCAUAGCGAAUCUUUCAGCGUACGGACCAGAUGGUCCAUGGUCCAUGAACCGGGGCUUUGACUCCCUGGUGCAAACUUGCUCCGGCAUCAACGUUGCAGACGCUCAGCGCUACGGCGCUGGCGAAGCAGCUCGCGUUCUGCCCUGCCAGGCUUUCGACCAUGGCGCGGGGUAUCUGCUCGCAACUGGUGUUAUGGCGGCACUCUACAAACGUGCUACAGAAGGUGGUGCGUACGAGGUCCAGGUGUCAUUAGCCGGCGUCAUGAAGUACAUGCGUUCGCUCGGCCAAUCCCCUGGAAAGACUGGGUUCGAGCGGAAGGACUUCAAGAAGAUUGAAGAGGUGGAGCAGUAUCUCGAAGCGCGACAGACAGCGUUUGGAGAGCUGAAGGUUAUAAGGCAUGCAGCUACCAUUGAGGGGCUGGAGACCGGGUGGGAUACUAUGCCGAAACCCCUUGGUAGCGAUGAAGCGGCCUGGCUGUGAGACUUUAAAUUUCAAAGUGCGAAAAGACGGGUCAAAAAUUGGUGUUAUGGGUGCGGCGAAGACUGAUUGCUGGGUCUCAUUGAAGCAGUUAGCUCAUUGCACGGCGACACCGGGCUUCCACCUAGACGAUUCUAAUUCUAGCGCAAACUGCACGGGUUACAAGGAGCCCUAGUGGAUAAGCCUGACUCCUUGGACAUGAAGUAAAAUUUCACGAUGAGCCCGUGAGUUCAGGAUCUACAGCUCUCCAUUCAG